AAAAUUCUCAUCGCUUCCAUAAUAGUAGCAUGUAUAAGAGCCGAAAUGGGAGUCCGCCGUCCGUGGCAUCAGGUAACCAUACAUGAGCGAGGAAUCGAUAAGUAGAAAGAUCAAGUAGUUAAUAAAAGUGAGCUGAUUAUGUAAAAAAAAUGCUAUAGCAUUAGUGGAUAUUAGGUAAAAUCAAAACAAAAAAUAAAAAUAAAAAAUACAGAAACAUGAAAUAGAGGCAUGCAAAUUAAAGCACAUGAACAAUUAAAAGCAGGGUCGAGUCUCUAUAGCCAUCAUUUGACCAAUUCGAUACACUGCAUCAUAAUUAACUUUUUGGUCCUCAUAGAAGGUUCUUUUUCUGUCUAAACUAAUUAAUUUGGCCCCUCAAGAUAUUCCACUUAACUCAUUCUCAACCAUUCUUUAUUAUGCCAAACAAUAAACUCCUUUUUGGUGAAAUCCUUUAUAAACUAGCCACCUUGAACCAUAUUCUGCAUGAACAAAAAAACAAAAGCAUGGACGAAGUGAAAUACAGAGGUGUUCGUAAGAGGCAAUGGGGGAAAUAUGCUGCUGAAAUUCGUGAUACUUCGAAACAAGGAGGGGUUCGUGUUUGGCUAGGCACAUUUGGCACUGCUGAAGAAGCAGCUCGAGCUUAUGAUAGGGCGGCUUAUAACAUGAGGGGAAAUUUGGCAAUUCUUAAUUUUCCUCAUGAGUAUAAUUUGCCUAGUAGCUCUUCUCAUUUUCACAAUAAUUCAUCGACAGGAUCAUCGUCUUCGAGUAAUGUGCAUGCAAGUCACGAUCAGCAUGGAAGAGGGCAAGUUCUUGAACUUGAGUAUCUGGACGAUAGGAUUCUUGAAGAACUUCUUGAUUGUGAUCAACAACCAAAUAAGAGGAAAUGAAGAUCGUUAACAUCUCUUGUAUCAUUAUAAAGCUAAGUAUUUUGCGUAAUUUCUAAAUAAAAUCUCAGUUUAACCAAGAACCCGAGUUGGAAAUAGCUGAAGGAGGGGGACGCAAAAUCUUACCUCGUAAUAGUCCAUAUAAUUGUAAAGAGUUGG